UGCGACGCGGACAUGAAAAUCUUGGCCUCGGACCCUAUGCGACCGGGGUCGGACUACGACGCUUUUGUCUGGCGGACGACAUGGUUGCGCCGGUGGUUCCAAGCGGGGCGCAUCGUGAAUGCCGGGGAAUACCUCCUCGGUGACAGUGGCUACCCCUUGGAGCCGUGGCUCCUGACCCCGGUUCCUGGCCAUCCUCCAGUGCACACAGCCGAGGGGCAGUACAACACAGCACAUGCCGCCAUGCGUUCCGUAGUGGAGAGGUGCAUUGGGCUCUUAAAGAGCCGUUUCCGCUGUCUUCAGCGAUAUCGCACCCUCCUCUACGAGCCGGAACGU